AGCCGGAUCCGUGUCCGUGUCCUCUUCUCUAGUCUUUGAUCUCUCUUUUAAAGGUCUUAAGAGUGGAACAUAAUGGAAACGUGUCUAUAUGAUAGUAUUAAAUGCUUCGACCUCUUUUAUAUUGUAGUUUCAAAGUAUCAGCUCGGCAUGGACCCAUUGCCGGUUUAGAGGGAGUGCCAACAGUGCAUUUGCACAGGGUCCACUCUACUUUUAACAAAUUUCUUUUACUAGUUAGGGCCUUAAAAUUUUGAAAACUUGUAAAAAAACCAUAAAAUUUAAUACUAUACAUAAAUCCUCCCAAGAUAUAUAUUUCGGCUCAGGGCCCAUUAUCAAAGUGAGCCGGCCCUGAUGGACCGUCUCUUGAGCUCGCCAUGGACCGUCUCUUGCGCUCGGCAUUGGGCAUGGAACUUGGUGGGCCCAUUGUCGCCUUAUGGGUUUCAAGGACACUCGUUCGAUCGGGUUCUCGGAAUACUAAUACAGGAAGUCUAUUCAUGAAAAGGCAUGGUUUGUUUUGGAACUGUCGAUGUAUUAUUGCUCUCGUUGAAACUUAAUAAUAUAUAUUAUUGACAACAUACGGAUAUUGUAUGAUAAGUCCGUCCAUAUGGCAUGGAUAUAUAUAACAAAUGAAAAAUGAAGCCAUGAAUGUUUCUUCAUGUGAGAUUAUGCUUAGACUAAAUAAUGAUACUAGUCUGCCAAUGAAAUAGAAUUCGUUGAAAGAUAAUAUAUGUUCAUGUCGUGAACAACCUAUCAUGAAGGAAUAAAGAACAAUUUAUCCAUUCUAAUCACUCUUACAGAUUUGAUAUUGGUAUAGUAGGUUGAGGGUGCGACGUAGCACAUAUAUAAUUUUAACGAAAUUAUUUAUCCCUGUAAUUAUAUAAUGAAGCCGCAUAAAUUUAAAGUGUUAGUCUAUGAUAAAUCAUUAUAAAUAUUUAAUAUAAUGUUAUUACAUAUUUAUUGAUAAAUGAAAUAAGUAAAGGCAAUCAUUAUAAAAAUUUCAUGAACAAAAAUAUUUCAAUUUAAUUUUCUCUUUUUCUCUUUUGAAUAUUUUUUAAUCAGCCAGAAUUAUCUCUUCUGUAUUUGAACGAUAUUUCUCUUUUUUUUGUCGCUCUGUGUAGACAAAAAGCAAAGUAAAAAGUUAGCUCCGUUCUGGCUCUGGUUGGUGCCGGAGGUUUCCUCCUCCAACCAUAAUUUUCUCUCAUUUUUCUUUCUAUCCAUCUGCUUAACCCUAGUCCAUAAGCAAGUUUUUUAUGCUUGUCGAGAUCUUAUAUGAAGAAUUGUGUGAGGUCGAUGGUGACAGCAACAUGCAUUUUAUGGCGCAGCAACAAGAUUCAGUGUGAUGGAUGCGGAAGGGCUGGCUUUUAGGGCUGAAGUGACCCGUCAGAUUUGGUUUUUGGUUUUCAGAGAUCUGGCACGUCAUUCACGUCAACGGUGCCUGAACCGGUAACAUGCUUCCUCCACCAUAUAUUUACCUUCGUCUUUGGCGGUGGGAGCUUCCGGAAGAGAGGUAUGACGUCUGGUGAAAAGUGGUUCGUUCUGCAUCCUAUAAUGUAAUUGGGUCUUCUGUUCUGAACGGUGGUACGAGCUUCGAAUCUCUUGAAAUUACUUUUGGACCAGUAUGUACCUAUUUUCAAGGCCUAACUUUCGUUUCAUUUCAGACUCAUUGGUCCCGUCUUGUUGGCAAUGGGUUCGAGAUUUUAAUAAGCGGUUAUAUUAGAUCUAAUCUAGGAACACACCUUUGGUGUCAAGUUUUCAAUACAUGAAUAUCACUCUAAUAUUGUUGGCUACAAUCAACUAUGUAGAAAAUUAUAGUCUUAAUUAGGUCUAGUCCAUCGAUAGAUUUUGUCUUUGUAACUGUGAGGUGCAUGAGACAUUUUAUUACUUACGAUUUUGGCUGAAUGAAUUGGUUCUCGUUUAUGUCUUUUGUUAAGUGCACACUUCAGGGCAAUUAGGUAUCGUAGGAAGCCCUUGAAUUCUUCUAAAUAUUACUAUUUUGAUCCUAUUUGUGUGAUGGUGGUCGAAACCUCUUGUAAAGUAUAUGAUAGCAUACCAUGAUUUAGUGAAUAUACAUUGAUGUUUGAGCCAAAGAAAAAUUCAUGAACAAUAACUCCAUGUGCAGCUCUGUUCAUAACAUUGAUUCCUCUCCCAUAACUCCAGGUGCAGCUCCCUCUUCAUAAUAUUGAUUCUCCCAUAACAUGGAUUACAUCUGAAUUACACUUACACUCAUAAUAAGUAGAUUCUUUUCGAAUAAAAUUUGCAACAUACAAUACCAAGACAGAUGGUUCUACUUUUCAUAUAGUUUUUAUAUUGAUUAAUCUGCAGAAGCUACAAUAUCAGAAAUAAAACCCUAAAUAUUAUAUGAAAAUAAUUGAGGAGAGUAGGAAAUAUGUUCGUAACGAUUUAGUAUAUAUUAGAAUUUUAUGAGAACAAAAAUUUAAAAUGCAUAGAUAUAAAUAAAUAGAAUUAACUUAGCUUUCUUAAAUUCUAUGGAACGUAAAUAUGUAAACUGUGGUAUUGAGUAAUAUAGCCAGUUUCAAAUAUAGUAUAUAUGUGGUCAGUUUCUUCAUUUUUCUUGAAUAGUCAUGAUAUUUUAAACCAAGAUAUGGUCGAUCUUGUGUAUCUUUUGAUACACUGCAAUAAAAUCAUAUAUAAUGAACUCAUGUGAAAUUACGUAUGUCAUCAAAAAUAUGUUUGAACGUUAAACAACAAACAAAACGAUUAUAUCUUUUCAUUUUGUCACGGCUCCCACUGCUAUUGAUAUUAGUCUGUAUCAUCUUUGAACCUGCGGCUUCCACAUAAACAUUUGUAGAUUUUGUAAAUUAAGAUUGUACUAUUUAUUUCUAAACUUCAAAUUAUAAAACAGUCAAAAGUUAUAAAUCGUAAAUAAUAUUCUUGAUUAUAUGUUUUGUUUAAACGUGGAGACAGGGUAGAGUGGCUAACAAACUUAUAAUAGUAGUUUACUCUACUCUAUAAUUUGUACAAUAUUCCUUUUUAUGAUUUGCCAACUAAUUAGACAAUAACUAUUGCGUCUACUUAUUAUAGUCGACUCAUAAAUAUGAAAAAAAAAAGUCAACUAAUCUCUUGUAGAAACCAAUUUAUGACUCUCCCACAGAAAAUUCUAUAAAUAUCCACUAUAACCCCCAUAAUUUAUCUCCACCCUUCUCAAAGAAUAUAAACACACUACUACUUCCUGAGAUUUUGUUUCAGAGUUUUUCUGGUACACAAACAAAUGGCUCCAAGAACCUCUCUUGCACUCUUCCUUUUCUUUAACCUCCUCUUCUUCACUUACACUACUGCUCAAGGCACUUGUCCUAGAAAUGCCCUUCAGAUCGGUGCUUGCACUAAUGUGCUCAAUGCAAUUGACUUAACAUUAGGAAACCCACCGCCACCAGUACCGCCGUGCUGCUCGCUCAUUGCAGGCUUGGCUGACCUUGAGGCUGCAGUCUGUCUCUGUACCGCGCUCGACGUUAACGUUCUUGGCAUCAACGUUCACCUUCCCAUCGAUAUCAGUGUACUUUUAAAUGCUUGUAGCAGAUUUGCUCCACCAAGUUUCCAAUGCCCGUAAGUUGAAUACGUAUGAGAUAUCUGAAGACAUACCGAAAAAAUAAAGGUUGAACUUGUUGCCUGUCGUCUUUUGCUUUUUAACUGGUGAUUUCUUUUGUAUUUGUAACUUCCUUCGAUUGAAUAAAAUGACGAGUGUAACGUUCUCAUGCAAUAAUGGGUUUGUGUGUGUAAUCGCCAUGUUCGUUGCCCUUUUACUUCAUUGUUCUUCCUUACCUUCGUUUGUAAAACUUUUCGUUCGAAUUUGAUUAAUAAAAGCUUCAAUCGGUGUUGUUAUCUAUAUCGGGCUUAUAUGUGUAUCGAAAAAAGCAAGGUAAAAUGAUACGAUCUCACUGAAAACAACACGGUUUAGUAAUUCUGUUGUAAGCAUUAAUUAAUGGCAUGUGCUUAAUUUUUGGUAACGAAAUGGAAACAAAAUACUCGUUCUGUUUCAUAAAAUUCCAUAUUAUAGAAAAAAAAUUUGUUUCAAAAUGAUCUAAUUUUUGGAUUUUCAAUUCAUGUUUUAUUAUCUAAUUGCAAACUUCAAAAAACUUAAAAUUAUGGGAAAAAUAAUCACAAAAAUUAUGAAAAUUAAAGUGUUUUAUUAACAUGUGUGAAAAGUCUAAAAUAUAUAACAUUUUGAAACGGGGGAGAGUAUUUCUAGCUUAAUUGAGCUGAAUACAUUUUGGCUCUACUCUGAUCGAACUAUCUCCAAACCAAAAUUGUUGUCAUAAAAGGGAAGAAAUAUAUGUAGUCACUACUACAUUACUUUAAUACACUUUUAUCAAACUACAUAAUAGUGCAGUUAUUAUUACUAUAGAUAACUACAAACUUGUUGUACUGGUAACUAAAAGACGAAAUCGUGAUGUUAUAAAAGAAAUAUGUAUUUAUAUAUAUGUAUGCAAGAAAUAUUUUUUUUUUGGCAAAUGUGCAUCAGUUUUGUGAAGAAAUAGAACAGUGGUCUCGCUCAUGUGCCAUUGACGAUCUAAAAAGGUUAAAAGGAUAUCAUGGUUUGAUUCUAACUCUGUAUCCAUAUGGUAUAAGAAUACCAAGUUAUAUAAAAAUUAUGUGUUGCUAAGAGCAUUUUUAACUAUCUUAUUAUAUAAACUAGGUGCUGAGACCCCGCGCAAGCGCGGAGCUGGUUACUUUGGAUAUUGGUGGGGGGGGGGGGGGAGGGUAUGAUUUACGGGAUGUUGGUGUUGUUUAAGAUUUGUGCAAAUUAAAGAAUAAAAUUUAUCGGAAGUAAGACAACAAAAUUGAUCCUAGCUUUUGACGAUUAACUCAAGUUAGAGACACCUCCCAAAAUGGAAGGAAAAUUCAAAAAGUAUAAUUAAGGUGAAAUAUAGAGAAUAUAAAAAAGCCCUAAACAUGAAACAGAGAGCUAAACAUGAAACAGAGAGCGUGGAACAACGGAAAGAGAAAGAGAAGAAGAUGAAGAAGCUUAAAAAGACAGAUAUUAUGAUAGCGUAGCACCAACUUAUUUGGAGAUCCAUAUCAAGUUAUCAACUUUGUAUAUAUCCGUUGUUUGAAUAAAUACUCAAAGUUUCAAACUACUUGCAUUACAAAAUUAUUUUAUUUUUUCAAAAUACACAUUGUUUGCUAGUACUUGUUAGGGAGCUCAAGGACCGUAGUAGCAUAUUUUAAAGCUACACUAAUUUUUAUCGCUAAGAUCACACAUUGUCUACAUCCUCAACGUUAGGACUUAGGAUAUUCCAAGUAACACUUCUCCUCGUCUUCCUCGUCACGGGUUCCAUCUUCAUCUUGUAAACUCCAAGUAACCAUCUUCCAAAACGCAGCACUCCACUUCUCUUCCCUCUUUAGGCUUAGGGGUGGUUUGUGACAAAAUCCAGCCGUUGGAUUGAAACAGAGCUCUUAUAUUGGCUUUGUGGUUUAUAAGAGUUUCAAGAAUGGGGAAACUGGAAGCAUCGUGGCGAGUGGCUCCCCUUCUAAGGAGAUCUGCCUUUGUGUGAAAUAGUUUAACAAAACAUAAAGAUUAAAAUAGUUUAACAAAACAUAAACGAAAGUUGACGUUUUUAUAUUAUGAAAAAGUAAUUGUGGGUUUAAAAUGUUUGGGCUCAAAUUAUGUUGGGCUUUAUGUCUAAAACAUGAUUUGAACUUAAAAACUAAAAAUAAAAAAAACGUUAGGUUAUCUUUCUUUUUUUUUCUCCGUCGUCGGGACAGCAUGACCUGUGGGAUCCCUGGCAUGAUUAGAGCUUAAGUUUGUGAGAUUGGGGAGCGAUAAUAGUGUGAUGUGUUAUUGAAGAGGAGUUUACUUACAUCAGUUAGGCUUCGUCCGCAUCAUUCCAUUGUCGUCAGUCCUCGGGUGCUUCGUCGUCGUCGUCGGAAUCUGCAAAAGAAAAGGUUUUAAUUUGUUAAGUAAGAUGUCUUUUAUUUCUUUUAGAUUCGGUUGCUAAAAACAUAAUUCAUUCAGUUUUCCUGUUUUGUUUGGAGAUUGCAGAGAUGAAACCGUAGAUCACAAAAUCCUGUAAGAAAAACAGAGAAAAAUCAUUAGUUGUUCAUAAAAAAACUUAUAGACAAAACCAAAACAAAAAGAUGAAGACAUGUUUCAUAUAUGAACAAAGAAUAAGCAAAGAAGAGUUAAAGUGAUAAAAAAUAAAUUAGAAACAAUCAUCACCAGUUCAUCAAGGAGGAGAAUGGUGAUGCCCAUAAACUCUCCAUUCUUGUUAAUGUUCCUGAAAUCCUAGAAUCGGAUGAGCCGACCAACACUAACGCCGGAGGGAGUUGAAGGUGGAGUAGGGAACGACGGCUGAAGCGGCUGGAGCAGCUGGAUAAGUCAUUUUUGUGACAGAUGUGAGAAAGUAAAGCGAUUGAAAAACUGAGAAAGAAAAGUUUGAGACAAGAUGGAGCUUUUACCUCGAGGGAUUCUAUAUAUAUGAGAGCUCUGAAGGCGUUAGAGGAGAAACUAAGCGUUUGGUAGGCGCAAAACGUGCGUAGAGCCUUAAAGAUUGACCAUAAUAGUUGAUUGCCGGAAGGGGAAUCGCAAACGACGAAGGAGAUGGUGAAGAUGGCGACUUCCCUAAUCUUCUUAGCUUUGUCAGUAUCACCACUUUGGUAUGAUUUACGGGAUGUUGGUGUUGUUUAAGAUUUGUGCAAAUUAAAGAAUAAAAUUUAUCGGAAGUAAGACAACAAAAUUGAUCCUAGCUUUUGACGAUUAACUCAAGUUAGAGACACCUCCCAAAAUGGAAGGAAAAUUCAAAAAGUAUAAUUAAGGUGAAAUAUAGAGAAUAUAAAAAAGCCCUAAACAUGAAACAGAGAGCUAAACAUGAAACAGAGAGCGUGGAACAACGGAAAGAGAAAGAGAAGAAGAUGAAGAAGCUUAAAAAGACAGAUAUUAUGAUAGCGUAGCACCAACUUAUUUGGAGAUCCAUAUCAAGUUAUCAACUUUGUAUAUAUCCGUUGUUUGAAUAAAUACUCAAAGUUUCAAACUACUUGCAUUACAAAAUUAUUUUAUUUUUUCAAAAUACACAUUGUUUGCUAGUACUUGUUAGGGAGCUCAAGGACCGUAGUAGCAUAUUUUAAAGCUACACUAAUUUUCAUCGCUAAGAUCACACAUUGUCUACAUCCUCAACGUUAGGACUUAGGAUAUUCCAAGUAACACUUCUCCUCGUCUUCCUCGUCACGGGUUCCAUCUUCAUCUUGUAAACUCCAAGUAACCAUCUUCCAAAACGCAGCACUCCACUUCUCUUCCCUCUUUAGGCUUAGGGGUGGUUUGUGACAAAAUCCAGCCGUUGGAUUGAAACAGAGCUCUUAUAUUGGCUUUGUGGUUUAUAAGAGUUUCAAGAAUGGGGAAACUGGAAGCAUCGUGGCGAGUGGCUCCCCUUCUAAGGAGAUCUGCCUUUGUGUGAAAUAGUUUAACAAAACAUAAAGAUUAAAAUAGUUUAACAAAACAUAAACGAAAGUUGACGUUUUUAUAUUAUGAAAAAGUAAUUGUGGGUUUAAAAUGUUUGGGCUCAAAUUAUGUUGGGCUUUAUGUCUAAAACAUGAUUUGAACUUAAAAACUAAAAAUAAAAAAAACGUUAGGUUAUCUUUCUUUUUUUUUCUCCGUCGUCGGGACAGCAUGACCUGUGGGAUCCCUGGCAUGAUUAGAGCUUAAGUUUGUGAGAUUGGGGAGCGAUAAUAGUGUGAUGUGUUAUUGAAGAGGAGUUUACUUACAUCAGUUAGGCUUCGUCCGCAUCAUUCCAUUGUCGUCAGUCCUCGGGUGCUUCGUCGUCGUCGUCGGAAUCUGCAAAAGAAAAGGUUUUAAUUUGUUAAGUAAGAUGUCUUUUAUUUCUUUUAGAUUCGGUUGCUAAAAACAUAAUUCAUUCAGUUUUCCUGUUUUGUUUGGAGAUUGCAGAGAUGAAACCGUAGAUCACAAAAUCCUGUAAGAAAAACAGAGAAAAAUCAUUAGUUGUUCAUAAAAAAACUUAUAGACAAAACCAAAACAAAAAGAUGAAGACAUGUUUCAUAUAUGAACAAAGAAUAAGCAAAGAAGAGUUAAAGUGAUAAAAAAUAAA